CGCACUUAGAACCAUCGCAGAAAGGAACGGCAUCGUCUUACAACCUGUCAUGGGGAUCGGUGCACCUGGCGGCAUGGAAAUCCACCGUAUCCUCCAAGGCUGCCUGUCAACCAUCUCGGAAGAGACGCCAUCCCGCAAGACGCCUUCCUCGUUUGCACUCGCCGCACUUCCAGAUGCGGCCAAGGAUGCCGUGUCCUACGUGUUCGGCAACUUGGCCAUCCAGGACGUCCUCCCAGACAAUCGGGACCUUGUGCUCAAGCCGUGGUCCAAGGUCACCGAACGCAAUUGCGGCAGCCUCACAGGACAUUACAGCAGGCUGUUCCCGAGGACCGAGUGGUACCCGCUCGUUGAUAUGGGCGUCAAGGACACCGUGGCUCAGUGUGACACCAUGCAACCACCAUGGACCGUGCAAGGAGCCUGGCACCAGAUGGUGGUAGCCUCGAGGGUCACCGUUCGCCUUCUAAUAUACAGUGCGCAACAUCCGAGUAUGCUUGGAGCGGAGGCGGCCGCGACCAUGAGUGGCCGGUUCAUCGAGUGCGACCACGUGCCUUCUGCCGAGUACCGCCUCGACGUCUUCGGCUGCAGGCUACGCAUCCACCCACGUGACACGCUGCCGUGCGCGACGACGAUGCUGAACGCCUUCAAGGCUGAGAGCAACGGCGACACGUACGGCGUGGCUGGACCGAGCAGCUGCAUUUGGAGGCUGCACGCGAGGUUCGGCCCGAACGGAGCAGACGGCAGCACGACAAUCUCGACAGCAGGGUCCAUCGCCCACGUGUGGCUGCCAUCUGCUCGGCUGCACCUCGUCGCAGCUGCAGCGACACAACAGCCACAAGCUCUGCAGGCGGCCUUAGAGCCUCCUCAGCUGCGCUUAUCCAAGCUGAGUCGCUGACCGUGCGUUCUCUCCUGACCACGUGACCAGCGACUUCAAAGUGCACUCGGAUCGCUGGCGCGAUGGCCACACCCGACGUAUGGCAGCGCGCUGCCGGCUGCACUGCGUUCACCGGAUGGCCACAUUGCGCAGGGUUUGGCGAGGACGUCCUCGGCAACCGCUGCGAGCUAGUCGCCGUGUCGCUAUCCCGCGACGAUAGUGCAACGAAACUGUGGCGCUGCUUGCCGGUAGUGGGUGCACUUCUUUUUCGUAACUUUUUACAUUUCUUUCAGUGUAUUUGUGCGAAAUUAGUGUUGUCACAUGUAUUUAAAAUACAGUUUUUUGCGAUCGAAA